UCGGGUUGCCGCAGUGCGUUUCUGCACGCGCCCGUCCGCCUCGUCGAAGCCAUGUACAAGUGCACGGUGCAGUGCCAGUCGGAGCAGCUCGGCAAGCUCUACAGUGUGUUUGCCAAGCGCCGGGCGCGGGUCGUCGGCGAAGAACUCACGGACGGCAGCGCGCUCUUCAGCGUCGAGGCGUAUCUGCCGGUCGUCGAGAGCUUUGGCUUUGCGACCGAGCUCCUCAAGAACACAAGUGGCAACGCGAGCAACCCGCAGCUGCUCUUUGACCACUGGGCCGUCAUGCCCGACGACCCGUUCUUCCAGCCGACGACGGACGAGGAGCGCGAGGACUAUGGCGAGGCGAUCGCCGAGCACAACGCGGUCCGGAAGCUCCUCGAGGGCGUCCGGAAGCGCAAGGGUCUCUCGCGCGAAGAGAAGAUCGUCGUCCACGCCGAGAAGCAGCGCACGCUCGGCCGCAACAAGUAGACCUUUUGCGCAAUAUGACGAAAAUACACAAACAU